AUGGACCAGAAGGGGGCUUCUGGGACUGACAGGGUCAGUAACGACGACAGGACGGACCAUAGGGAAAGGGUCCACCGAGCGAGCUCGAUCGAUGCGGAACAGGCGUCGUUCAUGAGACGACCCAGGGUCAUGCGGACACCGAUACCUCAGGUGGAGAAGCAGUCCACGACGAGGGCGGGCACGGCGUACCAGCGCGCCGUGGACGAGAAACUGGAAGAAACGGAGAACGUGGACAGUCUCACGGGCCAACUGGCCGACUUGUCCAGCAGAAUGCUGAGGAAAGAUUCCGUGUCGUCUCACUCCUCGAAGGGAAGCCAGAGAGCCACGAGGGAGUGGACGGUGGACAGGACUUGGCGCCGCGGGGAGCCUCGCCACGCGGGGGAGGAUCGAGGCGAUCACCCGGGUGGACAGGACGGCGGACCAUGGGAGUACGGCUAUCCGACGAGGCCGACGGACGCGCGGUAUAUGCCACCGCACGUACAACCGUACGCGGGGGGCAACCCCUUCUCCCAGUGGAAGUUCGCAGGGUCCGGAAGCAAGGUUCACCCCGUCGAUUUCAUCCGGAAGGUGAGAAAGGUCCUGCGACACGAAGGGAUGAGCGAGUCGACCGCACUCUAUCACCUGGAAAACGCGAUGGUCGGACAAGCCGCAACGUGGUGGUCCGUCCAUGACUUCGCGAGCGUGAACGAGGCUUGCGAAGCCCUGAAAAAGAGAUACUGGAGUACGGCGAGACAGCUGGAGGUACACCAGGAGAUUCUGCUGGGGCGAUACGCGCCGGCGGAAAACGAGACCAUGUCGGACUACGUCCUCAGGUAUCACCGGGAGAACAAAUUCCUGGACAACCCGAUCCCCGAGAGGGAAUUCGUCACGGCCGUAGCCGCGCACUUCAACAGGCCUGUCCAGCAAGAAUUACGGGGAAGCCUGAUACGCGACGUCGACCGACUGGUGGAGACUCUGGACGCUAUAGACGCCGACAGGCGGCGCAACGACCAGAGGACGAGAGUCAAGACCGAUUGGGCCGAGAGAGCCGUCGCACCGCGACGACCCUACUACGCGCCGACGCCGGCGACGCGGUACCGAGAGACCGCGACGUCGCGCCAGGGACCGCCGAGAUACGCGUGGCGGCGGGAGCCACCGAGGGAUUUCCGGGAGGAAGACAUCCCCCCACCUCGAGGAUACCGGACGGACGGAAGACCGGCCGAAAGGAACGACAGGUUCGAACGGCCGAGAAGAGAGGAGCCACCGCGGAAGCAGAGCCAAACGGGCCCUCCGGGUGGGCCGACAAAGUCGCGCGAUACCGCCGACGCGGGCAGGGACAAACCGCCGCAGGCGAGACGCGCACCGCGCGAAGAAACUCAAGAGGUGGCCGAGGGACCACCCGAGGUCGAACUCACCAACGUGGGUGAGGCCGACGAGGAAGUGCUGGAUACCGACGAGAUCAACGUCGACAUACCGCUGAAAACGGACAGCAGGGGAAGACCGCUGCUGAACGUGGAACUCGCGUGGACGGAGCACACGCACAAAGCGGAAGCGCUACUCGACACAGGGUCGACGACUUCCCUGGUCAGCCAGAACCUCAUGAAGGAAUUCUCNAACCUCAUGAAAGAAUUCUCGGAGGUUCUGACGGGAGAACACGGCGAGAAACCCCCCAGGGGCGGUUUCUUCCGCACGAUAAAGAUAAACAAGACCGCCAUCGCCAGCGCGUUCAGCAAGGAGGGAACGCAGUGCAGUCUGAUGGCCAACUUGGAUUUUCUGGGGAAAACGACCGCCGACAGAACGAUCGUCUGGAACCACUCGUUCUACGUCGCACCCCGAAUGACCAGACCCAUGAUACUGGGCGUCGAUUUCUUGAGAAACCAAGAGGCAACCUUGACGUACGACAAGGAGACGGGACCGAUACUGAACAUCAGAAGGUCGAACCUUUGCAUAAAAUCAGAGCCGGAAGAGGAGACGACGAUCUCACCCGAAGCACUCGAGCCGACGCUCGAGGAGCAAGAGGGAGAAACGGUGGAAGAUGACGACCCACCCACCCGGGAUACCCGAGAAGAAGAAGCAACCUUCCUACAACCGGAGACCCGGAUGAAACUCCAGCGACUUCUGGACAAGUACGAGGAUCUACUGGACGGAUCGCUCGGCAGAGUCAAGGAUUAUCGACACGAGAUAAGAAUGUGGGACGAAACGCCUCCCCGGCCCAAGAAAUAUCCGGUUCCGCUGAAACACCUCGACGCGGUACGCGAGGAAAUCGAAGACAUGGAGGCGAACGGGAUAAUUCGAAAGGAAGCCACGGAUUACGUGAGCCCGUUGGUGAUCGUCGAGAAGACGGACGGAAGGGUGAGAAUCUGUCUGGACGGAAGAGCCGUCAACGAGAGGAUGCGAAACGACCACGCGCAACCCUUGACCAUCGACGAAAUCAUCGCGAGAAUAGGCGACAGGAAAGUCUACAGCAAAUUAGACGUGAACCAGGCAUACUGGCAGGUGGAAAUCGAGCCGGAAUCGCAGAAAUACACCGGAUUCCUGUUCGACGGACAGACGUACGUGUUCCAAAGGAUGCCCUUCGGACUCAAGACGGCCGGAGCGUCGUUCACGAGAGCGUUGGACCGAGUCAUCGCCGGAGUGCACCACCUGCGUCCGUACAUAACGAUGUACCUGGACGACAUCUUGAUCGCGAGCGAGACACCGGAGCAGCAAAUCGAGCAGCUCGACGAGCUGUUCCGAGCCCUGCAACAGGCCGGGAUAAAGUUGAACAGGGAGAAGUGCGAGUUUCUGAAACCGCGAGUAUCGUUCCUGGGUCACAACCUGUCCGAAACGAAGAUCGAGAUGACCAGAUCCACGAAGGAGGCCAUCCGGGCCUUCCCAACGCCGCAGUCGGUGAGGCAGGUGCAAGCGUUCCUAGGACUGGCAAACUGGGACCGGAAGUUCGUCCCGAACCUCGCGCGAAUGACGAGACCGCUGGAAGAACUGACGCAAAAGGGAGCAAAGUUCCGAUGGGACGCGGAGAAGCGACGAGCCUUCGAGGAGAUAAAAAAGGCCAUAAACGACGCCGAAUGUUUGUUCCUCGUAAGAAAAGACCUGCACUACGGUCUGGAGACGGACGCGUCGUGCGUCGGACUGGGAGCCCGGCUUUACCAAUUCGAGAAGAGAAAGCCCCACAGGGAAUACACGUUGGCGUACGCGAGCCGCGCGUUGAAGCCGGCCGAGCGAAACUACACCACAACCGAGCAGGAAGGCCUAGCCCUAGCGUGGGCCCUCGAGAAAUUCAACGUGAUACUCUACCGGAGAAGGGUGUACGUGAGGACGGACCACAGAGCCCUCACGUUUCUCGGGUCGUGCGCCAUCCACAGUCGAAGGAUCGCGAGAUGGAUGGAAAAGUUUCAAAACUACGACCUGAGGAUACAGUACAUCCCGGGAGCGUCGAACACCAUCGCGGACACGCUGUCGCGAAAUCCACCGCCGGAAAGGGCGAAGAACCCGACCGGAAACGAGCUGGCCGUGACGGAAGCGGAUCCGCGGGAACAGAGGUAUCUGAACGACCUCCCGGACUGGAUAAGAAACGCGCAGAGAGACGACCCCGCGAUACGCGACCUGCUCCGGGAGAGACCGAACGGGUACGCGAUACGCGGAAACCUGGUGCGAGUGCGCACAAACGACGCGAGGUCGGAUCGCGUCGUGGUACCGGACGCGAUAGCGUGGAAAUUGGUGGAGAAGGUACACAAGCAUCUGGUACACUUCGGCACCGACAAGGUGGUGCAAUUCACGAAAGACCUCUUUCACGUCAACAACCUGGACAAAAUCGCCAGAGACGUGGCAGCGUCUUGCGAGACGUGCAUAGCGUCGAAGCACUACACUCGACCGACGGUGGGCGAGCUCUACUACGAGGGACCGGAAGACACCGGACAGACGAUAUCCGUGGACCUGUUUGGACCGUUGCCAAGGUCGCACGAGGAGAACAAAUACGUGCUGGUCCUGAUGGACAUGUUCUCCAA